AGACCCGAGAGGUCUCAAACACUUCAACGCGCAACACACACACUCAGAGAAAAAGGACGCACGGAAGUCUUUGUUUUUAAAACUUAUUUACUUACUUGUAUAUCUUUUCUCGAUUAAAAAAAAAAGUUUACAGCGGAGUCUCAUAUACCCGAUCUUGGCUCCUCCUGAACCAACAAAUAAAUCGCUUUCUGAUUUAUUUAUUUUUUUUCCUCACUGCAAAUUAUCAAUAGAUUCUUUACAUUGGCGUUUUUCCGCGGAGGUCUACGCUGCGGGGCCGCUUGUGUGCGCUUUCCUCCUGCAGACUGGCAGCCGGCCUGCGUGCUGAGGACGAGUGAGCGAGAAGAAGAGUGGAGCGCCACACGAACGCACUAAAGGGCCCCAAAACACAAGUCAUGGCGGCGGUGUUGCCGAGGACGCUGGGUGAGCUGCAGCUCUACCGGAUCCUACAGCGAGCCAACCUCCUCUACUACUACGAAGCUUUCAUCCAGCAGGGUGGUGAUGACGUGCAGCAGCUGUGCGAGGCCGGUGAGGAGGAGUUCCUUGAGAUCAUGGCGCUGGUGGGCAUGGCCAGCAAGCCGCUUCACGUGCGCCGUCUGCAGAAGGCGCUGCGCGACUGGGUCACCAACCCGGCCAUCUUCAACCAGCCACUCACUUCACUGCCGGUCUGCAGUAUUCCUGUGUACAAGCUUCCUGAAGGCUCACCCACAUUGGUGGGUGCCCAGGACCGGGCCAACACAUCCAGCGUCAAGCUGCCCAAGGCAAUCGCCACCUGCUCUGAUACGGGAAAACUGGAUGUGAUUCGGGACAAAGUAUCUGUAGGAUCGCCCCUUGCGGGCAAUGCCGAAACGCGGUUCUGGUCGGGACACAGCAAUGAUAGCGAGCACAGCCUGUCGCCAUCUGACGUGGGCUCCCCGUCCUCUCCCAGAGAUGUGAUGGAGUCCCUGGAUGCGGCUGCCGUGCAGUCGGUCUUAGAGUGCGUGGACAGGAUGACGCCGGGACUCACCAAAGCGGACCUCAGUGAGGUCAAAGAGCAGCUCAAAGGGAACAAGAAACUGGCAAAGAUGAUCGGACACAUCUUUGAGCUCAGUGAUGAUGACCCACGGAGGGAGGAGGAGAUUCGAAAGUACAGCGCCAUUUAUGGACGCUUCGACUCCAAAAGGAGAGACGGAAAGCAUCUUACACUCCAUGAGUUGACAGUAAACGAGGCAGCGGCACAGCUCUGCAUGAGGGACAUGGCCCUGCUCACCCGCAGAGACGAGCUGUUUGGACUCGCCCGGCAGAUCUCCAGAGAAGUCACGUACAAAUACACCUACCGCACCAGCAAGUCUCGCUAUGGGGACCGAGACGAGCCAUCUCCCAAAAGAAUUAAAACUGAGGAGAACUUUUUUGACAUCCAGGAGGCACUGCAGGCCAUCCACAUGAGGCAGGAAAUGCUGAGGGAGCAGCUGGCCUGCGCCAAGUCCAAAGGAGACGAAAGCAUCGGACGCAAUCUGCAGAUGCAGUUGGAGCGUCUGUUGGCAAGACAGAUGGAAAUCCUCCAGGACGCCGCGGUCCAGGAGCGACUGCAGGCUCUGGACUGGAGGAUCCCCCCCGCUGCCUUAAAGUACCUCACCCACGCCCAGAAAUCCAAUGGGGCUACCAGUGACUCCAGCAAGGAGAAUCAAGAUGAGCGACCCAUAAACUUACGGGUCGUGAGCCAAACCAUGCAGGAAGGUGACCUCCCGUUAGGCAAACAACUGGCCAAUGAACUGAAACGUCACCACAACCACAACAGCAGCACGGAUGAGACCAAAACACCAGCAACAGAAAAUGGGAUGUCGCUACGGGCAACAGGCAACAUAGAAAAAAAGACCAUCAAAUCAGAACCCGAGGACUCCACAUAGUGCCUCCCGCUUGGUCUCACUCAUGGUAGUAUGCAGUUAUCAGCCGUCACUAGAAACUAAGCAAGCACAGCCACAGUAGAGCCUUAACAACCAAUGUUGCCUCAUGAAGAGCAUUUAUUUUCCUUGGUUUCAUCUUUAUGUCAGUGCCAAAGCAUCAAGAGAGCAUUAAAACAUGCCCCUCCAUGCUUGGUGGGUCUUUUCUGUCCUAGAAGUAUGUUUGCUUUCUUACCUCUGAACAAUUGUUUUUGUUGCUUCUGUUGGCGACAUUUAUGCUAGGCCUAAAUCUGAACUCUGCCUCCCUCAUUCUCCCAAAUCAACGUUGGUGUUGGAAUCAAACGGGUCAUUGGUAACGUCAGGAGAGCGAGUUUGGGUCCAGUCCCAGCAUCGGGUUCCUUUUCCUUAUUUUUAAAAUGACUCCACCGCUCCUCUCAGUUGUCACGUGUAUAUUCAUGGGAGAUCAUUUGAGAAGAAGCAUUUCCGAGCAACAGCAGGGGACCCGUGUGACAGUCAGGCUCGCCAAGUACAGUCAUUCCAUCAUAUUCACGCUGCUGGUUGAAUCCAGAACCACACAUCUGCAGACAGAAUAGUCCAGGACUGAAGAUGUGACAUUGCACUGGGAGCUCCCUUUUAGGUGUGUGUCCUUGCAGAGUGUAAAUAGUUCUGUGAUAGCAAAUUGUGUUAACCUAAUCUCAACCAGGGUUCUGCCAUGUCAAGUGUAACUUUGGUGUACUUGUUUGUGUCAAUAGUGUUUGUGUGCAUAAAAAAAUAUCUUUCAGUGUCACAAAGGAAAAAAAAAUUCAAGUGUGGAAGUUUGGUGUACAAAACCGACUUUGCACAACAUCGAUGAUGAUGUUGACUAGGUAUCUCUUCUUGCAUAUUUCUGUAUGUCUGUUGCUGUCUAGCCGUAGAAACAUUGCAAGAUUCUGUACAUCCUGACAAAUUGGUCCAAUCCCCCCCCUCUCCCCCUGCAGGUACUUCACUCAGUGGCAGACCAAUGCAAUAUACAAUAUAUGUGACUAACACGUAGGAAUUGUUUUGUGACUGUAUGUCUGUCCUCCAAAGCUGAUAAUGUUGUCUUAACGUGCGGCACACUGUAUUUGUAUUUAAAGACUUUUCACAGAAGCCAUCGUUUCGUGUCAAGAAACUAGCGAGGACUCCCCGAUGACAUUGUGAUUUUUUUUUUCCAGUGGAGCUCCUCAGCUUGAAGCCUUGUCAGCCUCUCCUCACUGUCUGCUCGUAAUGGUAUAUUAGGCUCCACCACCCAGUUAUGCACCCGUUUUUUUAAACACUAAUAUAUUUUAUUUGUUAUACAGUACAUAACAUUAAACUUUUAUUUU